GAACUGUUUACCCUGACGUCAGUUUGCAGAACUAGCUCUGCCCUGUCUCCUUCGGUGUCUCUGAAACUCCUCUCAGUGAGAAUUGGGGGAGUAGAUGGGCUCGGCUCGCGCGCCCGGACCUCACGGAGUGAAUGAAAUGAUUUCUUCUACACAUUUAAAGUGGACUAAAACAGCUACACGAUGAACACCUGCGCCUUUCUGUUGAUUUUGACUGUUCAGAUCUACGCCGAUGGCAUCGAGGGGCCAACAGCGGCCGGCUGCACGUUCGAAGAGGACUCGGACCCUAGUCUGUGCGACUUCACCCAGGGGGAGGAGGACGACUUUGAUUGGCUGCUGUUUCGGACGUACAGUUCACCUUAUGCCAGCCCUGACCUCCUGCGAGGAUCCUACAUGCUGGUGAACUCCUCCCAGCAUGCCGUGGGUCAUCGUGCUCAGCUGAUGCUGCAGACGCUGAGUGAAAAUGACACGCACUGCGUCCAGUUCAGCUACUUCCUGUACAGCCGCGAUGGCCACAGUCCAGGGGGCCUGCGGGCGUAUGUCCGAGUAAACGGGGGUCCGCUCGGCAGUUCGGUGUGGAACACGUCGGGGUCUCACGCUAAGCAGUGGCACCAGGUGGAGCUGGCUGUCAGCACCUUCUGGCCAAAUGAAUACCAGGUACUGAUUGAGGCAACCGUUUCCAGAGAGCGGCGAGGCUACAUUGCCAUAGAUGACAUCAUGGUGCUCAACUACCCCUGCUAUAAGGCGCCGCACUUCUCCAGGCUAGGAGAUGAGGAGGUCAAUGCUGGGCAAAACGCUACUUUCCAGUGUGUUGCUUCUGGAAGAGCAGCUGAGGCUGAGAAGUUCCUACUGGAGAGACACAAUGGGGACAUUUUAACAACAGCAUCAGUCAAGCACCUGAGUCACCGGCGCUUUGUGGUAUCCUUCCAGCUAGACAACGUCCAGCAAACAGAUCAAGACCUUUACCGCUGCGUCACCCAGUCUCCCAGGGGCUCUGGGGUGUCAAACUUUGCUGAACUUGUUGUUAAAGUACCUCCAUCCCCCAUUGCGCCACCCCAGCUGCUGCGAGCCGGCUCCACUUACCUAAUCAUCCAGCUCAACACCAACUCUAUCCUGGGAGAUGGCCCCAUUAUCAGGAAGGAGAUUGAGUACCGCGCCAGCCAGUCUCCAUGGUCAGAGGUGCACGGAGUCAACAUGGUCACCUAUAAGCUGUGGCACCUGGAGCCAGACACAGAGUAUCACAUCAGUGUGCUGCUGACUCGGCCCGGGGAGGGAGGGACCGGCCCCCCAGGACCGCCUCUUGUGAGCAGGACCAAAUGUGCAGAGCCUAUGCGUGCACUUCGGGGCCUCACGGCCGCAGAUAUGCAGUCCAGGCAGUUGUCCCUGCAGUGGGAGAAUUUGGCGUUCAACCUGACACGCUGCCACACAUACUCAGUGUCCCUGUGCUACCGCUACACCACGGCGGGGGGUGGAGGGGGCCACAACACCACGGUGCGUGAGUGCCUGGCAGUGGAACACAAUGCCUCGCGCUUCAUGCUGCGUGAUCUGCCACCCUACCACGGCAUCCAUGUCCGUCUGUCACUGGCCAACCCAGAGGGGAAGAAAGAGGGCAGAGAGGUCACCUUCCAGACCGAGGAGGACAUUCCCGGAGGAAUCGCGCCAGAGUCGCUCACCUUCACCCCGCUGGAUGACAUGAUCUUCCUAAAGUGGGAGGAGCCUGUGGAGCCCAAUGGCCUUAUAACACAAUAUGAGAUAAGUUACCAGAGCAUCGAAUCGUCUGAUCCUGGCAUCAACGUCCCGGGACCCAGAAGAACUGUGUCCAAGCUGAAGAAUGAGACCUACCACAUGUUCUCCAACCUCCACCCGGGAACCACUUACCUCAUUUCAGUUCGAGGCCGCACAAUCAAGGGCUUUGGGCAGACUGCCCUCACUGAAAUCACCACCAACAUCUCAGCUCCCACGUUUGACUACGGAGACAUGCCUUCCCCCCUGAGUGAGACAGAGAGCACCAUUACUGUCCUGCUGCGCCCAGCCCAAGGCAGAGGGGCCCCUGUCAGCACAUACCAGGUGGUUGUUGAAGAGGAAAUGGUGAAGAAAGUGAAGAGGGAGCUGGGGUUUCAGGAGUGUUUUCCACUGCCGAUGUCCCAUGGGGAGGCGCAGGCCCGAGGCACUCCUCACUACUACACAGCCGAGCUGCCGCCCAGCAGCAUCCCAGAGGCCAGUCCCUUCACUGUGGGCGACAAUCACACCUACAACGGCUACUGGAACAGUCCUUUGGACCCCCGCAAGAGCUACCUUGUCUACUUCCAGGCUAUGAGCAACUUCAGAGGGGAAUCAAGAAUAAACUGCAUCCGCAUCGCUCGCAAAGCAGCCUGCAAGGAUCACCGCAAAGCUCUGGAGGUGUCCCAGCACUCGGAGGAGAUGGGUCUGAUUCUCGGGGUGUGCGCUGGAGGCCUGGUGGUGCUCAUCCUUCUGCUGGGUGCCGUUAUUAUCAUCAUUAAGAAAGGAAGGGACUACUACUCUUACUAUCCGAAACCAGUAAACAUGAAUAAGACACCCAUUACCUACCGGCAGGAGAAGAGCCAUAUGGGCUCCAUGGAGCGCAGUUUCACAGACCAGAGCACUCUGCAGGAGGAUGAAAGGAUGGCCCUUUCCUUCAUGGAUGCGCACACCUGCGGCACACGCAGUGACGUCCGUAGUUCAGUGAACGAGGCCAGCAGCCUGCUGGGGGGCUCCCCGAGGCACCAGUGUGGACGUAAAGGCUCCCCAUACCACACAGGGCAGCUCCACCCCGCCGUCAGAGUGGCUGACCUUCUGCAGCACAUCAACCAGAUGAAGACUGCCGAGGGCUAUGGCUUUAAACAGGAGUAUGAGAGCUUCUUUGAUGGAUGGGACUGCACAAAGAAGAAGGACAAAACCAAAGGCAGGCAUGACACACUGUCAGGAUAUGACCGCCACAGAGUCAAGCUCCACCCUCUCCUGGGAGACCCCAACUCAGACUACAUUAACGCUAACUACAUUGAUAUUCGGAUUAACAGGGAAGGCUACCAUCGAUCCAACCACUUCAUCGCCACUCAGGGACCCAAGCAGGAGACUCUCUAUGAUUUUUGGCGGAUGGUGUGGCAGGAAAAUUGUUUCAGCAUCGUCAUGAUCACUAAGCUGGUGGAGGUUGGCAGGGUGAAAUGCUCUAAAUACUGGCCUGAUGACAGCGAGAUGUAUGGUGACAUCAAAAUCACCCUUCUUAAGACGGAGACACUGGCUGAAUACACAGUUCGCACCUUUGCCUUGGAGAGGAGAGGAUACUCAACCAAGCAUGAGGUGCGUCAGUUCCACUUCACAUCCUGGCCGGAGCACGGAGUGCCCUAUCAUGCCACCGGACUGUUGGCCUUUAUACGGAGAGUGAAAGCCUCUACGCCUCCUGACGCCGGCCCUGUGGUGGUCCACUGCAGCGUGGGGGCGGGCCGCACCGGCUGCUACAUCGUGCUGGAUGUCAUGUUGGACAUGGCCGAGUGUGAAGGCGUGGUGGAUAUCUACAACUGUGUCAAAACCCUCUGCUCCAGACGCAUCAACAUGAUCCAGACAGAGGAGCAGUACAUCUUCAUCCAUGAUGCUAUUUUGGAAGCCUGUCUGUGCGGGGAGACGGCCAUCUUGGUAAAUGAGUUUGCGGUUACUUACAAAGAGAUGCUGCGAGUCGAUUCCCAGAGUAAUUCCUCUCAGCUACGGGAGGAGUUUCAGACGCUCAACUCUGUGACUCCCCACCUGGAUGUGGAAGAGUGCAGCAUCGCUCUGUUGCCCAGAAACCGAGAAAAGAAUCGCAGCAUGGAUGUUCUGCCGCCUGAUCGCGCCCUGGCCUUCUUGGUUACGACUGAAGGGGAGAGCAACAAUUACAUCAAUGCUGCUCUCGCUGACAGCUUCCAUCGGCAGGCUGCGUUCAUUGUGACCCCUCACCCUCUGCCGGGGACCACAGCGGACUUUUGGAGGCUGGUCUUCGACUACGGCUGCACAGCAGUGGUCAUGCUCAACCAACUCAACCAGUCAAACUCUGCCUGGCCGUGUGUUCAGUACUGGCCGGAGCCCGGGCUACAGCAGUACGGGCCCAUGGAGGUGGAGCUUCUGUCCAUGUCUGCUGACGAAGAUGUCAUCACUCGUCUGUUUCGGGUCAAGAAUGUCACACGGCUCCAAGAGGGCCAGCUAGUGGUGUGUCAGUUCCAGUUCCUGCGCUGGUCGGCGUAUCGAGAUGUUCCCGACUCCAAGAAGGCUUUCCUCAAUCUCCUGGCUCAAGUGCACAAAUGGCAGAGGGAGUGUGGAGAAGGUCGCACUGUUGUCCACUGCCUUAACGGUGGUGGUCGCAGUGGGACCCUCUGUGCCAGCAACAUUCUCCUUGAGAUGAUCCAGUACCAGAACAUGGUGGACAUCUUCUAUGCAGUCAAAAUUCUACGCAACUGCAAACCCAAUAUGGUGGAGUCCCUGGACCAGUAUCGAUUCUGCUAUGACCUUGUCCUGGAGUACUUGGACUGCUUUGAAGGGAGAUAGCAACCAAAUGUUCACCACAGUGAAGACAUCCCGUCAGCUGGAGAUUCAACUGAAAGCCCCCCAGAGACCCCUCUACUUUAGUGUUUGGACCUAUGGUUUGAACGGACUGCAAAGAAAGAGAGAAGAAAAAAAAACAAGAUCAAGGUUCUAACUUUUAACCUUUAAUGUACAGCUGUGAUUUCCUCCUUGUUGGUGAUGUUUAUCUCUUUUGAUAUUUUUUGUGCUUUUCUUGGUCCUCUUUGCCUCCGGACUAAAGCUCUUUUGUGCGGAGGGUCUCUGUAGCAGCCAAACAAUAUUCUGAGCAACAAAAUGGACCUGUCUAUUCUGAAGAGGGGCUUUGUUUCAUUGUGUUUAAAAAGCGAUGGGGGCUGGAUGAAAGUGCAGAGUCACAGCAGAAUUAUCUAAACGUGGAAGCAUUCUAUUCUCUUUCAAGAGCUACAUACAACAGCAGUGCUCUGCGGUUGUGGCAUGACUUAUCUACCAUACCAUAAACUGCCUUAAUCUCUAUUGAUAGGACAGAUUAUUCAAAUCAUUGAAUACAUCUAAAAGGUUUUCCUAUUGGUGAACAAACAGCAACAAGAUAUUUUAACAAGGACCUACAGCAUUAGGAUAGCCCAGCCCUCAACAGUGUUGAUGCAGAAGCUGUACAGUAGUGCAAUGUGUUGUAUUUUGCCAUAAUGUUUGUGCUGGAUUACCAUGUGUGCUAUUGGUGGAUGUUUCCAGGGACCACAGCACCGGGCCUGGUGCCACCACUGAAGAUUCCUGUCUCAUUACUGUCACAGUGCCAAUCCCAUCGACUGACUUGAAUCCUCUCUUUACUUUGCUCCACUGCUUCAUCUUGAUGUAUGCCUACGAAGAUACACUAUGUACUGCAUCAGCUAUUGUUCUCGCUCCAAAGUGAUUGUUUGUAUUUUAUAUCCAGCGGGAAGGAAAAAAGGACGAGGAGAGAGAGGGGGGGAAUCUGCUGGAAAUGUACUGACAUGCCAUCGUGAUGAAAAAUAAUGUUCCAUUAAUGCCGUGGUGAAGUGUCUCAACCAGUGCUGCGUUUCAGGUUUGAGUCUGUGGCUCCUUUUACUCUUGUUGUCUGAGGCAUUUGGUUGUACUGUAAAGCAAGCGUAACCAGUUUGAAUUGUAUCACCACCCUUUCAGGAAGGGGGUUCAUUUUGAUACGUUUUGACAUGAAUUUCAGUUGUUGUUCCUAGUGGUGUAAAAUAAAUAAAUCAAAUAUAUAUAAAUAAAAAGGGGCAUUUACAUUUUGCAGAGGGAAAAAUGCUACUGCAUGACCGCUGGUGUUCUCCCAAUAGUGGCCAUCUUACCUAUCCUGCAAUAAUAAUAAUGGUAUACAAGAGCAACAAUAAGAAAUACUGCCCACAGACCCUGCUGUUAAGAUACCACUGGUCUGACCAAAUUAAAUGCAUUUGUUUUCACCUAGCAGACGAGGCAUGCUGACCUUUAGUGUUGUAAAUGCCCUGAUCAAUUGAAGAACAUCAGGCAGUAUUAUCCACAUAAUGGUCAGCUAGUGAAAUGAACCAGGAAGCUAUUUCCUUUGUAUUUUUUAACAUUACAGUAUGUUCAAGAAAGUAUCUAUUUCUCACUUCGUUAUUGCCCUUAUAAAUAUGUUAUGCACCACCAUAUCUCCUGACAUUUUUACAAGUGCAGGAUUUCAAGACAGGCAUUAAAGGUAUCACUCCAGGACCUGCCCUUAUAAACAAGGAGAGACACCUUGAAGCCCACAGAAACUGAGAAAUGGCAGCUAUGCGAACUCUGUUGCUAGUUCGCAGCUCACAGUCUGGUUCAGAUGGGAGUGCCAGGGUAUGUGAGGAAUCUAACCAUGUUCAAACAUCACCAGGCUCCCACAGCUCACUGAUAGAGCAGCUUGUUUUUUGAUGAGGAUGAAGAAUGGGGUAGCUACAUUGUGGUCAGCGAUCUGACCCAGGAUCACUGCAGGAAGUGCCUGGACACUUUUUCUCGAGGGUAGAAGGAAUGUGUACAUACAGAUGUAUAUUAUGUUAUGUGAAUACUAUGUGAAUAAUAUACUAUAUGUUUGCCAAGAGUAAAGACGUACAGUAAGUAACCAUUACAUAGCCACCAAGGUGAAUGUGCUGUAAAUGACCAUUUUGUGAGUUUAUUGCCAGAACUUUUAACAGCCGAGUGUGAACUGAGUCUCCCUGAUGGUUCAUUCCUCUGAGUAAAACAGGUCUGUCAAAGCAUGUAUGGAUCUAUUGUCUGCUUUGUAUUUCAUUUAGUUACUUUCAGUAUAUCCUGAUCCACAUAGUUUAUUUCAACAGCUUUGUUUUCAGACUGUGUGAGCGCAAUGUACUUUUGCCAUUCCAAAGCUUUCUAUUAUGACGGCUCUCUAAACGACGAUUGCCGCUGAUUUCACAUGUGUGUUUCUGUAUGAAGCGAUGGUACAUGACAUGAACCUUGUAUUUGUGGGCGCAGUUUGUAUAUUUAAAGAGAGAGACGGAGGAGAUGGAUGUAUUUUGAGGUCGGGGAAAAAGGGUUGGUUCUGAAGAAUAACAGUGAUCAACAAUAAAAGAAGGGAGAAAGAGACA